GUGGAAAACUAGAUGAAUAUAAGAGCGAUUGAUCAGCGAUUAAACAGUAACAGUUCUGAAAAAUCCCUCGACAUGAAGGGGCUCCUAGUGUUAUCUUUCAUUUUCAUGGGGUCGGCCCUGUCCUUAGAUCCCAGGGACUUUAAAUUCAAGAGAAGUGUCUUCUCACUAGCCCCUGGAUGGAACAGUCUUCCGACUCCACCUGAUUUUGACACCUUGACAGCGUGGCCCGCUGAAACCACUUGGAAAACCAUCAGAAGUCCUCCAGAGACAGUCCAAACACUCCAGCCCGCCCCAGGGUGGGCUAGCUUGGGAGGACCACAAUCGUCUCCUCCACUUGUGAUAUCUAAACAUACGGUAAUUGAAAAACCUGUGGCAGUGCCAAGGGCUGUCAUUGUGGAGAGGAGAAUUCCUAUUCAAGUGGAGAAAUUAAUUCCGUAUCCUGUAGACCGAGUGGUUAAUAAAGCUGUACCUAUUGCUGUACCACAUCCGGUUCCUUAUCCAGUAGAUCGUCCAGUUCAAGUCCCUGUACGUCAGACAGUGGCAGUUCCUGUCCAACAGCCCUAUCCAGUUCCCGUAGCAGUUCGUCAAGGAGUCCUAUAUCCAGUUCCCGUACCAGUUAUAUUGACUCCGAAUGGUCUGCUUCCCGCUUCAAGUAUCAGUCUACCUGCACCACAGGCUCCACAGAAUGGUCUAUCCCUUCCUCUACAAGUCCUCUCACCACUGGCAAUAAAUGCCGCUCUCAGUCAAGGUGCACAAGUAUCUCCACCUGAAGGUCUCUUGGAGAUUCGUGACCCUGGCCUUGCCCCGAUCAUCGAGGACAAUCUCCUACCUCGUGCUCAACCACAAGCUGAUAUUUUUGCCUGGAAUGCACCUUCUCCGGCGCUUCUGAGUGAUCCCUUGGCGCAAUCACCUCUCCUCAAGUGGAAGAGAAGUCAUGAAGAGAACAAAGAGGAAAAAAAAUCACCAAAAUAGUCAUAAACAAUAGUUAACAUUGUAAUUAUUCAUGGGAAUAUGAAUAUUCAAUUUGACUGAACGAUUUAUAAAAU